CUGGUCGCGCAAACGAUUGAUUUUGCAGUCUCCACUCAUUCGAGAGCUACAUUGUUGCAAGAAUAGCACAGUGUAGUCGCUUUAGCUAUUUAUUGCCUUGGUUGAACGGUUUUAGCAUUGUUUGCAUGGACGUAAUGUUUGCUUCCUGUUACUUUCCGCCAAUGGCGUUUUAGUUUAGAUUGGUACAUUAGGCUAAAUGUUCCGUGUAUGAAGACAGCAGACUACUUUCGUGGCUCAAUUGGAAGAUAUAUUGUUUUCAUAAAUACGUCAACAUGUCAAGCGAGCAGGUGUUCAGCUGGACUGUAGUAGUCUUGACCUGUCAACAUAAAGAUAGCGUUUACGCCUUUCAAAGAGAGCUGGAGGUCCGGCAGCAGCGUGGAGGUCUCUUACAGGGGACGUUACUGCUCACUGUGUCAGACCCCCAGGAGCCUGGACUGGGCAGUGGGGGAGCCACUCUCAAUGCACUGCUGGUGGCAGCCGAGCACCUGAGUGCCAGAGCUGGAUACACUGUUGUUACCGCGGAUGUCCUUGACGAUGCCCGUAUCCUGAUCUUGCACACGGGACGUGACUUUCCCUGGGAUAGCUGUGGCAGGGCCUUCUGCUGGCUACCUGUGGAAAAGCCAGCUCAGACUGUGCAGGGACCUGUCUGCUGCCUGGAUAUGCUGCUUGACUGCCUUUCCAAUCAGGUGUGCCCUGGUUCUCCCCCGGGUGUUUGGGUGUGCAGCACUGACAUGAUCCUGACCAUGCCGACUACCUUCAAAAUAUCAUGGGAGGGUUUUUCUGGGGUCCGUGUUUUGGCACUACCUGGUGAUGUCUCUUACGCCGCCAAUCAUGGAGUCUACUUUGCUGAUGAGCAGGGUAGAGUACGUGACAUCAUCUACAAGGGGUCAGAGGAGCGGAUUCGCCGAGCCGCACAGCCUGAUGGCAUGGUGCCACUGGUGUCAGGGCCUGUGUUCUUCUGCAGGAGGGUACUCGAGCGAUUGCUGAAGGCCCAUGUUACCCCUCCCCUUGACGGCUGCACGUACAUGGGCAUGGACUCUGGGGCACCACCCAUUCAGAUCUCCCUCUUCCUGGAUUUGUUGAUGUGUCUUUGCUCAGACCUGAGUGAGUCAGAGUUUGUGAAUGGUGAGAGGACGGGCUGCAGUUCCCCCAUCAGUCAACAGGGAGCUGUAGUGAGGAGCGCACGGGCCUUGCUAUGGAGGAUACUGAGAGGCACUACUCUCCAUAUGGUUUACGUUCCUGGCGGUUGCUACGACUACCUGACUUUGUCCGGUAGAGAGCACAUUGCCCGCCUGACAAAGAAGGGGACAGAGAGAGACACUUUGUCACACAUACAGAAUACUCAGUGUGUGAGUGAUGGAGGCAGGGUGAUCAACAGUGUUCUGGAGGGGGACGUCAGUGUUGCGUCAGGAGCAGUUAUCCAGCACUGCCACCUUCAGGGACCAGUGGAUGUGCAUUCAGGUUGUUUACUCUCAGGCCUGGAAGUGACCUCAUCUUCGCACAUCCAGCAGCUGGCCUUAACCAAUGACCACAUCAUCCAAGGGCACCACAUACAACUGGGAGAGAUGAAGAUUACUGUUUAUACAGUGCUGGGGGCUUACGAUGAUCUUAAGGUUUCCUGCGAUGACGAUGGUGCCACCUUUCUGAAUCACAGAUGGAGUGACCUCUACAGCCGCACUGGAAUACAGCCUGAGGAUCUGUGGGGGUCCGGGAGGUCCCAGUCACUCAUGGAGGCCCGCCUGUUCCCAGUCUUCCAGCCGCGGGGUGGUGCGGUGGGGCUGGAGGUGGGGGUGUGCUGGCUGUUGGGUGGGCCGGGGGCACUGGAGCAGUGGAGGGCCGUGUGGAGGCUCUCUCUCCGAGAGGUCCUUUCCCUUACUGACCAGGAGGGAGAGCUGCGCUGGAGGGAGGCGCUAUUCUUCCAGGUGGGGAGGAGGAGAGUGAUGGACAACUUGAAGAGCCAGAGCGAUCGUGGGUUGUUGCCCAGCUUCAGGGCUGCCGUGCUUGGAGGCCAGCAUGAGGAGCUCCUCUGCACACUAGACUCCAUCACAGCGGGCAGCGGGGAGAAUCUGGGAGUGGCGGCCCGCUGCCUGGCCUGUAUAGCUGACGUGUUGGCCUGCCUGGCCGGGGAGGGCCGAGGGGGGCUGAGGAGCGGGCCGGCUGCUAACCCUGCCUGGAGCCAUGCCUUCUCCAUCCUAGAGCAGGGAGACCUGCUGGGUGGCGUCCAGGCCCUGGCCACCGAGAGAGCCAAGUGGCUCAGCAGGCCAGACUUGCUGGUGCGUGCUGCACGGCACUAUGAGGCGGCCGGGCAGGUGCUGUUACGACAGGCUGUGAUGUUAUCACAGAGAUUUAUCUACAUUGGUCAAGGUGAGGUCCCGCCCCUUGGGGAAUGGCAAGAUGUGGAGUGUCCUGCCAGACUGGACCUCUCAGGUGGCUGGAGCGACACUCCGCCCAUUGCCUUUGAACAUGGCGGCGCAGUGGUCAACGUGGCAGUGAAGGUCGACGGGAGACGGCCCAUUGGUGCCCGAGCUCGUCGCAUCAAAGAGCCCCGUCUGCUAUUGGUCAGUUCCAGCGGAGUGCAGGAUGAUGCUAUCGCCAUGGAGACAGUUUGCGAGAGGCUGGAGGAUCUGAAAGACCACUGUGUGCCAUAUGCACCUGCUGCCCUGUUGAAGGCAGUGUGUGUAUGCAGCGGCCUGGUUACCUAUCCCUCUCGGCAGUCCCUGGAUGAGCAGCUCCUGCAGCGCUGGGGCGGAGGGGUGGAGAUCCACACCUGGUCCCUCCUGCCGCACGGUUCAGGACUGGGUACCAGUAGUAUCUUGGCGGGAGCGGUGCUGGCAGCCGUCUAUAGAUGCACGGGGCGAACGUACGACACAGACUCUCUCAUUCACGCUGUUCUCCACCUGGAGCAGAUGCUGACCACUGGUGGUGGUUGGCAGGACCAGGUCGGAGGCUUGGUGGGUGGAGUAAAGGUGGCGCGCUCCAAAGCCUGUCUCCCCCUCCGGGUGGAAGUGGAACGUCUCCCUCUCUCCGACGACUUUCUGCUCUCACUGCAACAGCACCUCCUGCUGGUCUACACCGGCAAGACUCGGCUUGCACGAAACUUGCUGCAGGACACGGUGCGGCGCUGGUACAGCCGUAUCCCCUCCAUCGUGGAGAACGCCGGGCAGCUAGUGGACAACGCAGAAGAGUGUGCCCGCGCCUGUACAGAAGGCUCUCUCCCCAGGCUGGGGGCUUGUCUGGAGCGUUACUGGGGCCAGAAGAAGGUGAUGGCUCCGGGGUGUGAGCCGGCAGCUGUGCGGACCAUGAUGGAUGCCCUGCGCCCGCUGGCCCUGGGACAGACUCUGGCUGGGGCGGGCGGAGGGGGCUUCCUCUACCUGCUGACCCGCCAGCCACAGCAGGGGGAGGCAGUGCGUCAGGUCCUCAACAACACACAAGGCCUCCGAGACUUCAGUGUCCAUCCAGUUGAGCUGGACAUGGACGGCAUCUCACUGCUGAAGUCUUCUUGAGACAGACAGAUGGAUGUCUGGACCCUAAGCCAUUUUUAUACACAUUUCUAACUUUUAUGAUCUAUUGGGGGACGGUUAGUGUUAGGACAUAUCACAAGAGGUUGGUGGCACCAUAAUUGUGGAGGACGGGCUCGUGCUAAUGGCUGGAGCAGAAUGAAUGGAAUGGUAUUAAAUACAUCAGACACAUGGUUUCCAGGUGCUUGAUGCCAUUCCAUUUGCUCCCUUCCAGCCAUUAUUAUAAGCCGCUCACCUCAGCAGCCUCCACUGGGACAUGUACACCUUUCAAACCGAGACAUUAUUCUGCCAACUUUAUGCCGACUUCUCUCUAUAUAAGAAAGGUAUUGCCCGCGAGACAAAGUCCAUAUGUUUAUUUCCGCCAACCGACCUCGUCAUGAUUACGGUAAAGUUCUGCCUACGGCUUAGAAUGAAAUGUAGCCAUAAAAUCCUGAGGCGGCAUUGGCACGCACUCCGCUCUUAAGCUCUUGAUGGUUGCUAGACAGCGGCCGUUACUACUAUCAUCCUGGCAGUUAGAAACUUUGCGAGGUAUGUCACUUCACCCAUCAUGCACUAUUUCCUUAACCACAACUGUGGAAACAAAUAUCACUGAAUCAUGAAAAUAUUGGAAUAAAGUAGGCUAAUGCAAUUGAAGGCAUCAAAUGAUUGUUUACUUAAACUCGCAAAGUCAUCCAAUUUGUUAUAAUAGGCCUACAUUUGAUUUGAGGUGAGUGCUGCUCAUGAUCAUCUUGUCAAGUUGGCUCAUUAGCACUGAUCACACGCAGUAGGAACACGAGACUCCAAUGCUUUUGAAAAUAUAGAUUGCUAUUAUUUUCUAUCGGUGUCGUGAUGAAGAUACUAUCAAUGUAAUAUCCUACGCCUGCUCCCUAACAAAGCAGAGUGAGGGUUGGAAAGAGGUGACACGUAGAUUUCAUUUUUUUUUUUAAAUCAGGUUUAAUUUGGGCUCUGAUAAAUAUUUUUAUGUUGCCAUGAUGCAAGUUGUGUGGGAUAUUCUUUGUAUUUUAUUCUAUUAUUUCAUUCUUAGCCUACUAUCAAAUGUGUCUUUUCUGUUUAAUGCUACAACCAUAGAGGCUGCACAGACCAGUAACAUAAUUCAACUCAAAAUAUGAAAUUCUAUCCUUUUGAAAAUAUUUUUUAUUAGUCUUAUGGUUCUUAGGAUCUGCCUAAACAAAUGAAUAAUGGAUUUUUGUUAUGGUGUAUAUUCAAUGAAAAUAGACAACCACCCACAUCUGCACACCACUACAACCACGCACGGGAGUUAUAAAAGGCGUAUGCAGGCAACAAUGGGCCUGUUUGGGGGUCAUAUAAACAUUGGGAGAAAACAAUUUACCAGGCAAAAUACUGUAACAGUGGUGUAAAGUAUUAAGUAGUUUUGGGGGUAUCUGUACUUUCCUAUUUACAUUUUUGAUAACUUUUACUACACCACAUUCCUAAAGAAAAGUAUGUACUUUUUACUCAUAUUUUCCCUGACACCCAAAAGUACUCGUUACAUUUUGAAUGCUUAGCAGGACAGGAAGAUUCACACACUUAUCAAGCAAACAUCCCUGGUCAACCCUACUUCCUUUGAUCUGGCGGACUCACUAAACAGUGUUAGUGUUGGAGUGUGCCCCUGGCUAUCUGUAAAAAAGGGUUCAAAUUCUACUACUAAUGGACAUUGUCAAGGAUACCCUUUCACACACAAUCCCUCAGGUGGCAGCGACCGGGUCCAGGUGCUGAGCUUGGUUGAUCGGCACACAUUGGUGCUGCCAAUUAGGGUGAUCGUCAGUCAGCGUCUCAGCUUGUAAGCUGUGAGGCUGCUGGUGGUUUCCUUUUUGUACAUGUGUUUCGUCACAAUCUGAACAAAUAAAACUCCGCUUGGAUGGCCAACCAAGAGACAGAGCCGGCCCUGGACCAAGGCAAGUUUGCGGUCUCCCUUUGCAACAUCUCGGCACAUACGUUGAUUUCUCACAAAUGCACACAUUCAUGUUACAGGACCCCUAGACAAAGUGUGUGCAACAAUAUCUGUAGGCUAGUUAUGGGUUUCGUCACACUACUAACUGCUACUUUCCCAUGCAACAAGAUCAAAAUGUUUAUUAUGGUAUUGAUGCGAGGUUCUUACUGUGUUUUGAUAUGGGAAUAUUUGUCUAUAGAAAUGUUUGAAAAAUGACCCUAACACCAAAUAUUUGGCUUGUUAAAUGUAGGGGCCUCCUGUUAACAAACAGGCUGUGAUAAGAGAUUGUAGCCUUGAUGUAUUUGCAGUGUACAAUAUAAUUGUAAGGGAAAUGAGCCAUUAAUAACAUACUACUUGAAUGAAGAUGAACCAUAACUUGUUUCGUAACUAACUGUUUACGGUCAGACUAAAAUACAUGUAAUCCAGCUCUGCAA